AUGGCUGAGAACCCUUAUCCCUACGAUACAGCUCUUAUCCGUGAAGAACUCAAGCACAGGCACAAGCGGCGCGUGAUCCGGUCUUGCUUCCCCUGUCGACAUCGGAAAGUGCGAUGCGAUGGCAAUGUUCCCUGUGCUAGCUGUGUUGCUCGCAAUCAUCCUGAUCUAUGUCAGGUGCCGAUGACUACCGCGGAGGAGCGGCGACAUGAGCCUCAGCAGGUUACUGUGCCGUUGAGUCGGAAUGUGUCGGAAGCUUUGGUAGAAGAGCCUGUUACUUCUACACUCUCUCCAGAUCCAGCGAGCAUGAUUUCCCGACUGGAGCGAAUCGAAGCGCAGAUCUCUUCUCUCAAGGCGGACCUCCGGGCGAUGAGUGCUGAUGCUUCUGCGUCACUUUCGAGCACCGCUACCAAAAACCGCUUAAGGCAUCAUGAUACUCACCCCGGUCUGCACAGCAGGCUCCCUGGACGCCAUGUCAUUGAAGAUGCGACCGGUGCCACGAUCUUCUUGGGUAGUCAAUCAGAUACCCCGUUGACAUUGGGCUGUCGAGAGGGGACGACAUCGGGAGAUACAAUGCUCCAUAAUGCUUUGAUGGACCAAUUUGUGCCGCGCGCGUACCCAUUUACCAGCCUGUGGGGGCCGGAGGCGUCAGUUAGGGAGGUCUGUGAGACAUUGCCGGAUGAGUCUGAUAUUAUUCGAUACUGGCAAGCCUACCAGUCAACGGCUUACCCAUUUUACCCUGUGCUCGUCGACAUCGACCAGCUCGGCGGGUCAAUAUUCGCGUUUCUGAACAAGCGCGCCUCUGCGCAGGAGGGUAGUGGGCAGAUCAUUGGGCCAGAACCGUCGUGGCUGGCUUUGUUGUUCGCUGUACUGGCGUGUGGUGUACAAUUUACACAUGACCCAGUUAAAGAGCGAGAUUUGCGCUCCAAAGUCUUCAUCUGCUCGUCCUUUCAUUGUCUCCGCAUGUCGAACUUCUUCAAUCACACGGAUAUCGAUCAGAUCCAGGCUAUGGCGCUGCUUGGACAUUGCUUGCGAAACAACCUGGACACGAAUAGUGCUUGGAUUCUGAUGGGGGCAACAAUCAGACUCGCCCAGAGUAUAGGCCUACACGAAACGUCUCCCUCAUUGCCAGUUCCAGAACAACUCCAGCAGAGCCGGUUAUGGUGGACACUCAUAUGGCAAGACACAUUCCUCUCAUUCACCUACGACCGCCCUCCAAGCUGCUUCACAACAAGCUGCCCAAUUCCUUACAAGCCGACACCAGGUCUCUCAUUCCAAGAAUGCAUCUUCAAAAUCUGCCAGAUUCUCCUAGAACACACACAGCUCAAAGCCACGUCAAACAGGACCAGAGACGAUCCCAGUAUCCCCGAUUCCAAAUCCCAACUCGAAGCCGUCUGGAGCACCGCAGCAAAAUCCCUAACUAGCAAGGUCCAUUGCACAUCCCUGCAAGACCACCUCGAACGAUUAGCGUUGGGGAUCCAUCUCAAUUACGCGAUCUGCCGCGUCAGCCAAGGAUCCCUAGAUUCACACACCACUGGCCGUCCAUCAACCGUGGCUAAAGACUGCCGCCGUCGCGCUAUCCAGGUCGUCGAAUGUUUCCUCGAACUACAUCGGUUCUCCGCCAUUGUGUGUCGAUCCUGGGCAUUCGUGCAUAAUGCUGUUAGCUGUGCGAUUACCCUUCAUAAACUGGAUCAUAUUCCAGUAGAAGGUACUGUAGACACGAAACCGUUAGCACGCCGGCUUAUUGCAGUUCUAGAAACGGAGGCAAGGGAGUCAGAAUGGUACGAUGCAGAUACGAAUGUUCGGUAUUUCGGGCCGUACUCCAGGGCAAUUAAAGCAUUGAAGGAGAUCUAUGGUGAUUGCAUAGAUAUAGAGGCAGAUAGAUCACCUGGUUAA